CUUUCAUGGUUUGGAAAAAAAAGAUGCAAUGACAGUGAAUGGCAGCACAAUAUCAAUUUUUGUGUGAACUAUCCCUUGUACGAGCGAUUCUUUUCCUAAUUUUAACAAAUUUAAAUUUGUCAUAUUUAAAUAAAACAAAAUAAUAAUUUUAAGAGAUGUUUUUAUCAACCACUACAUAAUUGGAAAACAGUGGUUGUUGACCAACUUAGCAGCAGCUGCAGAGCUGAUUUAUGCGUCACGUGACGCGCGUCUGCCCAAUCAGCGCCCUAUCCCACGGCCCGGAAAUGGUGCCCAGUUUGUCCUACAUUCCUCUCCAGGUCUUCCAUAUUUCUGUGCGCUGGCCUUGCAGAAUAAUAAUGUAUAAUGACGAAGUUGAUGCCGUGUUGGAAUAUGCUUAAUAAUAUCGGCCUCUGAAAAUGUGUCGGCUCGAAUAAUGCAGAGUUUUCAAGGCCGAACAUAAUCAUAAAAGGGGGGGAAACAAAAAACAAUGGGGCCUAACGGGAGAUGAGGAACAAGUGUCAAAUCUCAGCUGAGGAAUUCAACAUACAGCAGGCAUGUCCUCACAACUCCAGUCGUUUUCCUCCCCUUCCGUAUCAUCCAGUGGCCCCUCCCGCUCCAAAAAACUCAAGGUGGAAAACCAGGCAUGGAACAUAAGCAGCCAAUCAGAAGAAAGCAGCUUCUACCAGCAGAGCCCAAACCAGACAAAUAGCUCCUCUCCCUCUACAUCUGGCUUCAACCCCAAUUACAACAACUCUAACCUGCUCUUUCCUCCCGGAAGUUCACGCGAACAGAUGGUGGUACGUGCUGCGGACAGCACCGGCAGCGUCCCAGAGCCUUCAUUCUCCUCCUCCUCAUCAUCUACAUCCAGUAGGCGUGGUAAAGAUGCAGGCUCCUCCUCUCUGGCUUGUGAGAGCUACCAUAAACCAGGCAAUCUGAAGCGUAAAAGCGAGGAGGUGGAUAGCAGUGACAGUGUGCAGAUUUUAGAGGAGCUCUCAGCACCUGUGCUGCCCAAUCGUGUUGGUGGAGGCAACGCUACGGCUCAGUCCAUUGCUCAUUCCACCUCCACCACCAAAAGCAGCAACUCUCACAGCGAGGGCGACUACCAACUGGUCCAACACGAGAUCCUUUGCUCUGUCUCUAAUAGUUAUGAGGUGCUGGAGUUUCUUGGACGUGGAACAUUUGGACAGGUGGCGAAAUGCUGGAAGCGUGGAACCAAUGAGAUCGUGGCCAUUAAGAUUCUAAAGAAUCACCCGUCAUAUGCCCGUCAGGGUCAAAUAGAGGUGAGCAUCCUUAGCCGUCUUAGCUCGGAGAACGCAGAUGAAUUCAACUUUGUGCGCUCUUAUGAGUGCUUCCAGCACAAGAACCACACCUGUCUGGUGUUUGAGAUGUUGGAGCAGAAUCUGUAUGACUUUCUUAAGCACAGCAAGUUCAGUCCUCUGCUGCUCAAGUGCAUCCGGCCCGUUCUGCAGCAGGUUGCCACGGCGCUCAUGAAGCUCAAGAGUCUGGGUUUGAUUCAUGCUGAUCUGAAGCCUGAGAACAUCAUGCUGGUGGAUCCCAUCAGACAGCCCUACAGAGUCAAAGUCAUUGACUUCGGUUCUGCCAGUCACGUGUCUAAAGCCAUAUGCUCGACCUACCUGCAGUCCAGAUACUACCGGGCUCCAGAGAUCAUCCUGGGCCUUCCUUUCUGCGAGGCCAUUGACAUGUGGUCGUUGGGUUGUGUCAUUGCUGAACUCUUUCUUGGCUGGCCAUUGUAUCCUGGAGCUUCAGAGUAUGAUCAGAUUCGGUACAUAUCCCAGACUCAAGGCUUGCCAGCUGAGUAUCUCCUGAGUGCCGGCACUAAAACCAGCCGGUUCUUCCACAGAGGUCCAGACUCCAGCUACCCUCUCUGGAGACUCAAGACUCCCACAGAGCACGAGGCAGAGUUUGGCUUAAAGUCCAAAGAGGCUCGCAAAUACAUUUUCAACUGCCUUGAUGACAUGAUGCAGGUCAACAUGACUAAUUUGGAGGGCACUGAUAUACUGGCGGAGAAGGCAGAUCGGAGGGAGUUCAUUGAUCUGCUGAAGAAAAUGCUAAUACUAGACGCAGACAAGCGGAUCACACCCACCAAGACCCUCAAUCAUCCGUUUGUAACGAUGGCUCACCUACUUCACUUCCCGCACAGCUCUCAUGUGAAAUCCUGCUUCCAAAACAUGGACAUCUGCAAGCGCAGGUGUACUGCCUUCGACAACAACAAGAACCUGUUUGCCGGACACAACGCCCCCAGUGCUGCCGCCAACCUCACUGUCACCUUCAGCAGUCAGCUUAACCAGCACAGUCAGAUGGCCUCCACGGGGGGCCAGUCCCUGUCUCUUAGCAGCAAUGUUCCUUUAUUGAACUACCAGCCUGGUCUGUACCAGCAGGCCACUAUAAAUAUACCAGGCUUGGCACAGCAAAGUGUGCCACUGCAGACUCGCCCCACUCAGCUGUGUGCUCAGACUGAACCCUUCCAGCAAACCCUCAUUGUGUGCCCUUCUACCAUACAGGGGCUGCAGAACAAGCACGCAGGCUAUCCAGUGAGAAUGGACAACUCUGUCCCCAUAGUACCCCAGAACCAAUCCACCCAACCACUACACAUUCAGCCCAGCAUGCUCACACAGCAGGGCUGGCAAGCGGGCACACAACAGAUCCUUAUUCCCUCUUCAUGGCAGCAAAUGUCAGGCAUGACCAUGCACAACCCUGGCCAGCCUGUGCUGUCUGACUGUCCUAUGAGCUCUCUGCUCUCAGAUGGCACCACCCAACAGAAAAACAGCUCGAGGAGUCGACAUGGAGGUCAGUGCGACGGGACGCAGCAGGGCACUACACAGGGGCGUAACGUGAACACACAGCUCUCCCACACAGGACCAGCAAACAGUCGCACACAACAGAGCAAGGUCAAGAGGUCAAAAGUUCGUCAUGCUGAGAGCAGAGCCAGGCCCAUGAACUCCCUGCAGCCAAUUCUUUCUGUGGCGCAUAACUGCGGUGAUGCGUCCCAGCCAAUCGUCAUCUCCGACACGCCCAGCCCGGCUGUCAGCAUUAUCACCAUCCACAGCGAUACGGAGGAUGAGGAUGACAGGAAGAUUCCACCUACAAGCUGUAGUGUAAACCAGCGUGCAAAUGUGAUCAGCUGUGUGACUCUUCAUGACUCCCAUGAUUCAGACUCCUCCAUCAGCACUCCUCUCAGCCCCAAACGCCUCCCUGACUUUAUAGAGAACAAAACACAGCACUCCUCCAAAUCUCUGGCUGUGGUCAUGCCCUCAAUGAAGACACAGCUCUGGGACGGAGCAUCAACAGAGCAAAACUCUAAUAGUUCUGGAAAAUCAAAGAAAGCAUCCUCACAGUCCAGCGGUGACCGGCAUCAGAGAGCAGCAUCUAACAGAUCUCAGCCUCUAAACCUCAGCCAGGCGCAGCAGUCAAUCAUGUCAUCUCACGACCGGGCAGGGGGCGGGUCCCUUAGACGCCAGCCCACCUACCCUCCUACAGGCCCCUCCCACUCCUACAGGCUACACGAAGCGGCACUCUUCGGCUCUGCCUCCAGCCUGUAUGCUUACCCAGCGUCUGCAGCCCUGGCCUCAGUAUCACAGGCAGUCGACCAGCUGCACAAUUCAGCCGGUUCCUCCUCAUCCUCGAGCCGUCACAAGCGCACCACUGGGCCGUACUCCACCUCGCUGAGUCUCCUGCAGAAGAACAGUGCCAUGGGCGUCAUGUGUCAGACUCCAUACCAGCAACAGCAGCUGUCUGCGCAGUCAUACCAGCGCUCUGCAGCAUACUCCCUCAGCCAGAGAAAACUCAACCAGUACUCUUACCUCUGAGGUGCCAAAAAAUGCCCGCACAAGGGUCCACUGAUUUAAGAGCUUUGAUAUUUGGUGGUGGAAAACUGAAAAUGACAUUUUACCUUUAUCAUGUUUCUUUUAAUAAUAGCGUUCUUUUAUUUGUUUUAUUCAUUUGAGUGUUUUGUUGUCUUUAAAGCAUUUCAAAUAAGCACUUACUGUAUUUUAGAUCAUUUCAGAACAUAAAACGCAAAUAUUUGAUGCAUUUUUAACCGUGCGUUUGAAUAUUAUCACCCACCAUACUUGCAAAUGAGCCAUAUGGAUGUCUACAUAUUGUAAAAACAUAAUCACUUUAAAAUACAUUAAAAAUUUUUUAUGUGAAAUAAUGGACAUUGUAAUCAAGUAAUCAGUAAUGUACUUUUUAUGCACUAAAGCAAAAGGGAAUGUUUCAGCUUUCUAACGAAUUAAUUUCAUUUUUUUCUCCAAAUCUUUAUAGAGGGACAACCUUUUAAAAGUUGGCUGAGAUAAUUCAUUUCAAAUGCUUUCCUUUUUACUUUAGUGCAUAAAACUCAAUGUGUUUCUUGGUUAAAGAGCAACAUUUCUUUUUUAACAUUUCUAAAAUAACUUUUUCAUUUUAAUUUAAUUUGAAUUGACAUGUAUAGAAUUCAUAUUUAUACAUUUCUGUAUUUUUUAUGUGAUAUCUCCACUAGAACAGCUUAAAUGGUAUUUAUAAAAGCUUUACUGACAUCUAUCUAAUUCAAAAUAUGUCAGAAUGAUGCAUGAAUGAUGUAAUUCUGACAACGCCUAAGCAUUCUGCUGGCAUACUGAAAUGUUAUAUUUGGAGUAGUUACAUUUGCAACAUACAGUGCCUUGCAAAAGUAUUCAGACCCCUGACCAAUUAUCUCAUAUUACUGAAUUACAAAUGGUGCAAUGAAAUUUCAUUCUGUUUGAUAUUUUAUCAUAUUUAAAAAACUGGAACUAUUAUUGUUAGGUGACAUUGGUUUUAUGUUGGGAAAUAUAUAUAUAUAUAUAAAAUAAAAAAAAAGCUGAAAUAUCUGGCUUGCAUAAGUAUUCAACCCCUGUGCUGUGGAAACUGCUAGGUUACACCGAUGAAAGAAAUUGCCCUAACGAGGACACAAUUACUUUACCAUUGGCAUCCACCUGUGAUUCAUUAAAGCUGCAAUCACAUUUUCUGGAUGAAAAACCCAUUGUUGAAGGAUCAUUGGUCAGGCUGUGAAUCUGAAGGAAAAUGAAGACCAAAGAGCAUUCCACAGAAGUUAGAGAUACAGUUAUAAAAGUGCAUAGAUUAGGGAAAGGGUACAAAAUAAUAUCCAAAUGUUUGGAUAUCCCAGUGAGCACAGUUGGAACAAUAAUCAGGAAGUGGAAGCCGCACCACACCACCCAGGCACUGCCAAGAAAAGGCUGUCCCUCAAAACUCAGCGCUUUAACAAAAAGGAGACUUGUGAGAGAAGCCACAGAGAGGCCAACAAUCACUUUGAAGGAGCUACAGAGUUCAGUGGCUGGGAGUGGAGUAAUGGUGCACCAGUCAGCCAUAUCAAGAGCACUGCAUAACGCUGGCCUGUAUGGGAGUGUGGCAAGAAAGAAGCCGUUACUCAAAAAGUACCAUCUGAAAGCACAUCUGGAGUUUGCCAGAAAGCAUGUGAGUGACCCAGCUGUGAUGUGGGAGAAGGAUUUGUGGUCAGAUGACACCAAGAUAGAGCUUUUUGGCCAAAACUCAAAGCGCUAUGUGUGGUGCAAACCUAGCACUUCCUAUGCCUCAAGACACACCAUACCUACAGUGAAGUAUGGUGGUGGCAGCGUAAUGCUGUGGGGAUGCUUCUCAUCAGCAGGUAUUGGGCAUCAUGUUAGAAUUGAAGGAAGAAUGGAUGGAGCAAAAUAUGGGGAAAUACUGCAAGAGAACCUGCUUCAGUCCGCUUAAAAACUGAAGCAUGGGAGGAAAUUCACCUUUCAGCAGGACAAUGAUCUCAAGCACAAGGCCAAAGCAACAUUGGAGUGGCUCAAGAACAAAAAGAUAAAUGUCCUACAGUGGCCCAGUCAAAGUCCUGAUCCCAAUCCUAUUGAGAAUCUGUGGCACUAUUUGAAAAUUGCAGUCCACAAGUGUCACCCAACCAACCUGAACAACCUGGAGCAAAUCUGCCAAGAAGAAUGGGCCAAAAUCACUUCGUCACUGUGUGCAAAGUUGGUACAUACAGUAUGUACCCCAAAAGACCUAAAGCAGCUUUUGCAACAAAAGGUGACUCGACCAAAUAAUAAUGUGUGGGGGUUGAAUACUUAUGCAAGCAAGAUAUUUCAGUUUUUAUUUUUCAUAAAAAUAUUUUCCAACAAAAAAACAAUGUCACCUUACAAUAAUUGAUUUUGAGUUUCAGUGUUUUAAAAUAAAAUAUCAAUCAGAAUGAAAUUUCAGUGCACCAUUCGUAAUUCGGUAAUAUGAGAGAAUUGGUCAGGGGUCUGAAUACUUUUGCAAGGCACUGUAUUUGAAAGUGGCGGUCUAUUUGUGUAACAGUACAAGGGACAUCACUGCUGUUUCUUGGUGAACCAAGACUAACCCAAAAUAUCAAUAGAAACUGUGUGAAUUUUUUUACAUGACAAUUUAUGUAUCAGAUUUAUGCUUCAAAAAUAUUCCUGAUAUUAAUAAUUGGAAUGUGUAUAGUUUGAAUUAAGGAGUCCAACCAAACAGCUGUUCAAAGUUUGAUCCUAGCAACACUUGUCGCUCAUUUACUCGUUCAUUAAAUAAUGGUAAGAGCUUUAUUCAAAAUAAUUUUUCUUUUUUGAUAUUUGACAGAUGUUUGAUAACUGACAUUUUGCUUUAUUACCAUUUAAAUUUUGUUAUAUGACAGUUGAGAGCUCUUGAGCACAAAAUAUCACAGGUUCACUUUCUAUGUUAACAUAAUUGCGCUUCAAUUUAUUUAUUGAAUAUGUGUGGACUAUCAAUGGCUAUUUGUAUUUUUGUUUUUAUUUAACAAUAUUAAUUGCUCUUUCUUUUAAUUAAAUUUUUUUAGACUUUGUAUAAUUUUUUUUAGGUUCAUUUGAAAGUACCCUCAAUUUUACUGGCACUCAAGGUUAGGGUAUACUUUGUUUUACCACGUGCUGUUCCAUCUCGCGAACAGUCGAGCAGUAUACUCUUUUGACCGUGAGCCCAUACGGACACGUUUGAUGCAUGCGACUGCGACUGCUUGGUGAUACGCUUUAGCAAAGAUGCGGACUGUCCAAGUGUGUAGAAAAACUAGGCUGCACGAAGCGUACUGUGCUGAUGGCAACAUUUGCGUUGUGCAGAAAACCGAAGUAUACUCUGGCCUUUAUAUAUUUAUAUGUUCAGUGAGAAUUGUGAUGACUGUUAAGUGUUAUUUGUUAUGUAAUGUCGCCAGCACAACAUAUUGUGAUGUCUAACAUCAUGUCCUAAUACACGACAAGUUCAUACUGACAGCGAUUUGCAACAACAAAAGUUGGCAUAAUGCAUACAUAAUGUAACAUCAUUGUGAAUUCCAGCAAUUUAAACGCUGUUGGUGUAAUGCUGUUAAACAGGAAACAUGUAAUGUUUAAUAUACAGUUAUGUGGAGCAGGAUUACAGUGAACAUGGCUACACCAGAAAUGGAAACUUAGCGACUGACAAAAACUUGCAGUCGUAUAUGGCAAGCCAUUUUGACAUUUAUUCACAUGCAGGAAAUGAAUUAUAGAUAUCUGCAAUAAAAUUUUCACUAGUUAAAAUGCUUAAUAUCAGCAAUGGAAUUUUUUAUAUCAGUAUAUAAGGUUUGCACUAUAUCAUUCUUGAUAUAAAACAUGACGUCAUUAAUCGCAGAAAUACCCAUUCUUGAUAUCAAAAAUGUCAUUUCUACAAAUAAAAUGUAUUUACUAUAUAGUUAUUUACUCAUUUUUAAAACAUAAUUACAGACAUUUAUAAUUAAUUUCUAGCCAGUUCAAAUUACAAAUAAACAUAUCAGCUUUGUACUUAUUACUAGUAAAAAUGCUAUUUUUUUUUAUAUCAAUAAUUACAUUAAUAGUACAUCCAUUCCUGUUAUCAACAAUUGUAUUACAACUAGUAAAAAUUCUAAAAUUUGAUAUCUGUAAAUUUAUUUCAACAUGUAAGAGAUGGUAUUUCAGAAAUCUGAAAAAGGAAUUCAGAUAUCAAUAAAUCGAGUAGUAAUUAAAGAUUACGAAAAAGGCUUUAUUUUGUUACAAUCACAUUAUACAUAUCUGAAAUUAACAUUAUCACUAGUGAAAACCAAAUUACAGAUCAAAAAUAAGCAAUUUUUGGUAACACUUUACAAUAAGGUUCCAUUUGUUAACAUUAGUUAACAAUAUUAGUUAACAUGAAUUAAUGAACAAUACUUUUACAGCAUUUAUUAAUCUUAAUGUUAAUUUCAACAUAUACUAAUGCAUUUUUUAAAUCAAAAGUUGUAUUUGUUAACAUUAGUUAAUUCACUAUGAACUAACAUGAACUAACAAUGAACAGUUGUAUUUUUAUUAACUAACAUUAACAAAGAUUAAUAAAUGCUGUAAAAAUAUAUUAAGUGUUUGUUCAUGAUACCUAACGCAUUAACUAAUGUUAAUGAAUGGAACCUUAUUGUAAAGUGUUACCCAAUUGUUGAUAUCAGGAAUGGACAUUUGCACAAUUGAUAUCAAAUAUUAUAAAUUUUAUUAGUAAGAUGUACAUAGAUAAUAUGUGUUUUGAAUUUUAACUGGUAAGAAAUUAAUUAUAAACAUCUGUUAUUGCAUUUUGAACAGUGAAUGAUAAAUUGUAAAUUGUUUACUUGUGAAAAUGCAGUUGCAGAUAUCAAAAAUUGCGGCUUUUAAUAGUUGAAAUUCCAUUUUUGAUAUUAAGAAUGUUUAUUUACACAAGUAAUUAGUUAAUUUUUUUAUAUAAAGAAUAAACAUUAAAAAAAAAUAUUUUAAAAAAAUAGCACAUUCUCUAUAAGUAAUUACAUUGUUGAUAUCAAGAAUCUGCAUUUUAACUAGUGAAGAAUUAUAGAUAUCUAUAAAUCAUGUCCUGCACAGGAUUAACUGUCAGUUUGGCUUGCCAUGGUCAUGGCUGGUUAGGACAACAACAAAGAUUUUUAUUGCUUUAUCAUGUCUCACCUGGUUGGGACACAGUGUAAGUUUGUGUUAGCCAUAAAAGAUUAUGAUUAGUGAUUAUGUGAAAGAAAAUACAGAGGAAAAACUCCAGGAAAGUUUUCAAUAGAGUGUUUUGUGAGGAAACUUACCCUGUGAGUGAAAAUAGGAGUGAGAGCUCUCACCGAUAUUACUGUAACUAUUUAAAUAACUUAACAAACAGAUGGUUAACAUGUUAACUGUUGAUCUUGUGCCUAGUCAUGGCGUAGAGCUCUUCAUGUGUCGUACUGAGCUUGUUGGGUUGUUAAUUCUUGUGAAUUUGCCAGGAUUCUGCUGAAGUCUUGGCUUUGGUGCAGUGAUGGCUGUUUAUACCAUUUGAUUACUAUGUGAGGUGGAAUGCAGAGUAGAUGAAAUCACAAUAAACUUUGAUCCAGAA